AUGGGGAAGUGGUCCAAUGGGGUGUGGAACUGGGAAUUUAAAUGGCGUAGGAGGCUUAGGGGGAGGGAGGUGCAAUGGUUGGAGGAAAUGCUAGGGGAGUUAAGGGCGGGACAACACUUGGAGGAUGAAGAUCCUGUGUUCAAACAGGUAUGGUUGACUCCAGUACCUUCGAACACUAAAGCGUUCAUUUGGCGUUUACUGAGGGACAGGGUGCAAACACGGGAGAACUUAUGCAAGAGGCGCGUCCUUGCAAGGGGAGUGGCUACCAUGUGCCCUCUGUGUUUACAAGAGGAGGAAUCUAGUACGCACCUAUUUCUUCGAUGUGCUGCUACAAGUCCAAUUUGGUAUGCUUGUUCGGGCUGGCUCGGGUUUCGGACGGGAGAAGCUUUUGAGAGUGAUCAGAUUCUGGAACUGGCACAGCUGAGAGUAUGGCAGUGGCUAAGGGUGAAAAUAGAUGGUUUCAGUUACUCUUUGUUUGAAUGGAAGGAGAAUCCAGGUGUGUGCAUCUUAUCCCUUUAA